AUGAGUGGGAUUGCGAAUGCCUGUCUGUCCUGUCUUUCGGCAGUCGACCGCUGGUGUCAUAUCACGGCUUGUCUCGGUCCCAUCGGAGGUCGCUCGCGAGAUGGCAUCUACGAGACAACCCUGGCCGACAAUGAGCGGGAAGCUGUGUCUGAUCUGCUUGGCUACCUAGAAAAUCGGGCUGAAACCGAUUUCUUCUCUGGCGAACCUCUUCGCGCUUUGAGCACUUUGGUUUACUCCGAUAACGUAGACCUGCAACGAAGUGCUAGCUUGACAUUUGCGGAGAUAACUGAGCGAGAUGUACGCGAAGUCGACCGAGAUACCCUCGAGCCUAUACUCUUCCUACUUCAGAGCUCGGAUAUCGAAGUCCAGAGAGCCGCUAGCGCAGCGCUGGGAAAUCUCGCCGUGGAUGCGGAAAACAAGGUGCUUAUUGUCGCUCUGGGAGGGCUGGCUCCUCUCAUCCGCCAGAUGAUGUCGCCCAACGUCGAGGUUCAGUGCAAUGCUGUCGGAUGUAUCACCAACCUAGCAACGCAUGAGGAAAACAAAGCCAAGAUUGCCCGAUCGGGCGCACUGGGCCCAUUAAUUCGUCUCGCUAGAUCCAAGGACAUGCGUGUACAACGCAAUGCCACUGGAGCGCUUUUGAACAUGACGCAUUCGGAUGACAACCGACAACAACUGGUUAACGCCGGCGCCAUCCCCGUCCUCGUUCAAUUGCUCUCCUCCUCCGACGUCGAUGUACAAUACUACUGCACAACCGCACUCAGCAAUAUAGCCGUCGAUGCGUCGAAUCGCAAAAGGCUCGCUCAGACAGAAUCCCGCUUAGUCCAAUCCCUCGUUCACCUGAUGGACUCCUCCACACCAAAGGUCCAAUGCCAAGCAGCCCUUGCACUUAGGAAUCUGGCCUCCGAUGAGAAAUAUCAACUGGAGAUUGUCCGUGCAAAGGGUCUCCCACCAUUGCUACGCUUGCUGCAGUCCUCGUACCUUCCGCUGAUCCUCUCUGCCGUGGCCUGCAUCCGUAAUAUCUCCAUUCACCCUCUCAACGAAUCUCCCAUCAUCGACGCGGGCUUCCUGAAGCCAUUGGUGGAUCUCUUGGGCUCGACCGACAACGAAGAGAUCCAAUGUCACGCCAUAUCGACACUUCGGAAUCUUGCUGCAAGUUCGGAUCGUAACAAGGAACUCGUGCUUCAGGCCGGUGCUGUGCAGAAAUGCAAGGAUCUGGUCCUGCGGGUGCCCUUGAGCGUUCAAUCCGAAAUGACUGCCGCAAUUGCUGUGCUGGCUCUCAGCGAUGAACUGAAACCGCAUCUUCUCAACCUCGGUGUUUUUGACGUUCUAAUUCCUCUGACGAAUUCAGAAAGCAUUGAAGUGCAAGGCAACAGCGCUGCUGCCUUGGGUAAUCUCUCGUCGAAGGUCGGGGAUUAUUCGAUCUUUGUCCGUGAUUGGGCUGACCCCAACGGAGGCAUCCACGGCUAUCUCAAGAAGUUCCUCGCAAGCGGCGACCCUACCUUCCAGCACAUCGCUAUAUGGACGCUUCUCCAGCUCCUAGAAUCCGAGGAUAAGCGGCUUAUCGGCUACAUUUCCCAAUCUGAAGACAUCGUGCAAAUGGUCAAAACAAUCUCAGACAAGAACGUCGAAUCUGAUGAAGAAGACGGGGAAGAUGGUGAGGCCGAGGUCAUUGCGCUGGCACGGCGAUGCCUCGGGCUACUGGGCAAUGGCCCUAAGCAAACACUUGUAGAAGGCUGA